UAGUUCUCGAUUUAUAUAUGAUGAUGAAGUAGGUUUUUUUGGUCGUUUCAUUAGAUGGGCGUUGGGCAUCGCAUUCAAAUAACUGCAACAAACGGGUUACUAAAUUUCAGGGACACAAAAUAAAGAAAAAUAAAAAAAGUUAAGAGGGAAAAAAAAUGUAUAAAUACCUACUUAGCAUUAGCAAGUCUUUGAGCACACUCCAUUCUCCUCUGUUAGGAUCUUUAAGAUUCGAACGCAAGUUUGUAAGAAGCAACUUUUGCAAUUGCAGCUUUCCCGCUCAGACAUUCAUACAAGCACUUUGCCUACAUACAGAAACGAGCCACAAAAGCCAAAGCCAAAGAGACACAGAAAGAAGAAUGAAAUACGUGCUGGUGACAGGAGGAGUCGUGAGUGGGCUCGGCAAGGGCGUUACCGCGAGUAGCGUAGGCGUCGUCCUUAAAGCUUGUGGUCUUCGAGUCACCUCCAUUAAAAUAGAUCCUUACCUGAAUACUGAUGCUGGUACCAUGUCUCCUUUCGAGCAUGGGGAGGUUUUUGUUCUCGAUGAUGGCGGGGAGGUUGAUUUAGAUCUGGGUAACUAUGAGCGGUUCCUGGACGUGACGCUCACAAAGGAUAACAACAUUACAACUGGAAAGAUAUUUCAGUCUGUGAUUGAGAAGGAGAGGAGAGGUGAUUAUCUUGGGAAGACUGUUCAGGUUGUUCCACACAUCACUGAUGCCAUUAAGAAUUGGAUUGAAUCAGUUGCUGUCAUUCCUGUGGAUGGAAAGGAGGGCCCUGCAGAUGUGUGUGUGAUAGAAUUGGGAGGAACUGUAGGUGACAUCGAAUCAAUGCCAUUCAUUGAAGCUUUGCGUCAAUUGUCAUUUUUGGUUGGACAAGAUAAUUUCUGCCUUAUCCAUGUGAGCCUGAUACCUGUGCUAGGAGUUGUUGGAGAGCAGAAAACUAAGCCUACACAACAUAGUGUCCGUGAAUUGAGAGCAUUAGGCUUGACUCCUCAUCUAUUAGCAUGUCGGUCUGCUCAGCCAUUGUUGGAAAAUACUAAGGAGAAACUUUCUCAAUUUUGUCAUGUUCCGGCUGCUAAUAUUCUCAAUAUCCAUGAUGUUCCAAACAUUUGGCAUAUCCCUUUAUUACUUAUGAACCAAAAUGCUCAUCAUGCAAUUCUAAAUCAGCUUAAUCUACUCAGCAUUGCUGCACCUCCUGAUUUACAAGAUUGGACCAAGAUGGCUGAGACUUACGAUAAUCUCACUAAUUCUGUAAGGAUUGCGAUGGUAGGGAAGUAUGUCGGCCUGACAGAUUCAUAUCUGUCUGUUGUGAAGGCCCUUCUGCAUGCUUGUAUCGCAUGUUCAUUGAAGCCAUCAAUUGAUUGGAUUGCAGCUUCAGAUCUUGAAGAUGAUAGUGCAAAAUCAACACCAGAAGCUCAUGCUGCUGCUUGGGAGACUUUGAGGAAUGCAGCAUGUGUCUUAGUGCCAGGUGGGUUUGGAGAUCGUGGUGUGAGGGGAAUGAUACUGGCUGCCAAGUAUGCCAGAGAAAACAAUAUUCCUUAUCUUGGGAUUUGCUUGGGCAUGCAAAUUUGCGUGAUCGAGUUUGCACGAUCUGUUUUGGGUAUGGAAAAAGCAAAUAGCGAAGAGUUUGAUGCACAGACAUCUGAUCGUGUUGUAAUAUUCAUGCCUGAGGGUUCAACUACACACAUGGGAAGCACAAUGAGACUAGGAACUCGGAGGACACUAUUGCAGACACCUGAUUGCAUUACCUCUAAACUAUAUGGUAAUUCUCAAUACAUUGAUGAACGACAUCGACAUAGAUAUGAGGUAAAUCCAGAUGUGAUUGGAGUUCUAGAAGAAAGAGGCUUGAAGUUUGUUGGGAAGGAUGAAACAGGAAAGAGGAUGGAGAUUUUAGAGCUUCCAAGCCAUCCUUUUUAUGUUGGUGUGCAAUUUCAUCCAGAGUUCAAAUCACGUCCCCGAAGGCCCUCACCUCUAUUUUUAGGUUUUAUAUUGGCAGCAAGGGGGCAGCUGGAAUCGUAUCUCAAUGGUCACCAGAAUGGAAUUUGAUUUGAGUGAAGCUUCAAAGUCAAGCUUAAGAGGUAAUUCUUUCUCAUGAGAAAGGAAAAUUUUGGGGAAACUAAUUAGAUUGAUGAACUAUUAGAUUUGUAAGUUGUUCCUAAUUGGGGCUUUGUGGGUCAUUUGUGUUUGAACUGCGGUUUUAUAUUUGAUAUCUGAAUUAUUAUAGUUGGUUGGCGGGGGCAGCUCCUUACUGAACUGGUCCAUAAAAGUCAUACCAUACAUGACUCCCAAAUGUACACUAGUUAUAUAAAUAUGCAAACUUUAACUUUUGCUCCUAGA